GGGAAUGUGGGUUCCGAUUUGCGGUGGUUUCGCGGCGGGAGGCUACGGUCGAGUGGAGUCACGUUUUGUUGAGCUGGGGAUAUAAAGCAUGGGUGCCUUCACCCAGUAAGCUCAGGAUUUGUGUGUCAAGGGGUUGAUGUCUUCAGGACUAUGGCAGGGAAUGAGGAAGUUGCUCCGAAACCUGCGUCAUGCGGGGCAAGGUUACGUAGGAGACUUGAUUCAUCACUAAAAGAGGAAGUGCCCACGAGGGACCCAUUCUUGAAGCACAGAGGGAAGAAGUUUGAUCUAUCUAGCCUAGAUUGGAUUGAUCAGAUUCCAGAAUGUCCAGUUUUUUCUCCUUCUGUUGAGGAGUUUGAGGAUCCAUUUGUUUAUCUCAGCAAAAUUGCCCCUGUUGCUGCAGAAUAUGGUAUAUGCAAGAUUGUUUCACCUAUAUGUGCUUCUGUACAUGUUGGAACUGUACUUAUGAAGGAAAAAGGUGGGCUGAAGUUUACUACCAGAGUGCAGCCUCUCCGUCUUGCUGAAUGGUCCGCGGAUGACAAGUUUGCUUUCUUCAUGAGUGGAAGAAAAUACACAUUUCGAGAUUUUGAGAAGAUGGCAAAUAAAGGAUUUGUUCGGAGAUACUCUAGUGCUGCAUGUCUUCCACCAAGGUAUAUGGAAGAGGAAUUUUGGAAUGAAAUAGCAUUUGGCAAGAUGGACUCUGUUGAGUAUGCAUGCGAUAUUGAUGGUAGUGCUUUCUCGUCUUCUCCGAAUGACCAACUCGGAAGUAGCAAGUGGAACCUAAAGAAACUUUCUCGGUUGUCCAAAUCAAUUCUGCGUCUUCUGAGAACAGCAAUUCCAGGAGUAACUGACCCAAUGUUGUAUAUUGGAAUGCUCUUUAGUAUGUUUGCCUGGCAUGUGGAAGACCAUUACUUGUACAGCAUUAACUACCAUCACUGUGGGGCUCCAAAAACAUGGUAUGCGGUUCCAGGAAAAGCUGCUCCAGAAUUUGAGAAAGUGGUACGUGAGCAUGUAUAUGAUCAUGAAAUUUUAUCAGGUGAAAGAGAAACUGCAGCAUUUGAUAUCCUUUUGGGGAAGACUACAAUGUUCCCUCCCAAUAUUCUACUGCAUCAUCAUGUUCCAGUUUACCGAGCUAUACAGAGACCUGGAGAGUUUGUGAUCACAUUUCCUCGAGCGUACCAUUCAGGUUUCAGCCAUGGUUUUAAUUGUGGCGAGGCAGUGAAUUUUGCUGUUGGUGAAUGGUUCCCGCUUGGAGCAAUUGCUAGUCAACGUUAUGCACUUCUAAAUAGGAUACCGCUACUGCCUUAUGAGGAACUUCUUUGUAAAGAGACGGCACUUCUUGCUCACGAAUUUUCUAUGUCUGGUCAUAAAGAUAUUACAACAUCAACUGGCGAUAGUCACAUUGAACAGUGUAUGAAAGUUCCUUUUGUGCAGUUGAUGCGGCUCCAGCAUUGUGUCCGUUGGUCACUUAUGAAAAUGGGAGCUCGCACAUACUAUAAAGCAGAUAUUGAUUUGACAGUUCUCUGUGGCAUAUGCAGACGUGACUGCUACGUAGCUCAUGUUAUGUGUAACUGCAGAGUUGAUGCAAUUUGCCUUUGUCAUGAGGAAGAGAUUUGGAAGUGCCCUUGCAGCUGCGAUCGUACUGUAUUUGUGAGGAAAGACAUCUUUGAGUUGGAGACAUUGUCAAAGAAAUUUGAGGAGGAAAAUGGAACAAUCGAUUCAGUUAGAAAGCAAAUCUGUCAUGGCUCUAGCACACAUUCUUACUUCAACUGCAUUAAUGAUGAUGCUGAAUACUUCCCGUACUGCAAGAUUCACAUAGAUGUAUCUGCUGAAGUUCAUAGUAUUUCAGAGACACGUGUUCUUCCAUACGAUCUGAACAAGCCAUAUCCUGCUGCAUCAACAAUAACAUUUUCCUUUGGACCCCAUGAUUAUUCUACACAAAGUGAUGAGUGCACUAGUUCUAACAGAAGAAUCUUCUCUAGCUCUUGUCCUGAGAAUUCAUUUACUCCUGAAACUGCAACCAUUAAUGCAUGCCCUUCGUCUGCACCUGAUCAAACAUGCUCUUCUGAAAAAUUGGCUGCAGAAGAUACUUCUGAUUCUGACUGUGAGGUAUUUAGGGUGAAGAGAAGGUCAGGCAUAACUCCUGAUAGAAGGCGUACAGAAGAUGUAACAUUAACAAGUUUCACUGAGAAUCAGGUAUUAAAACGGUUGAAGAAAAUCCAUACAGAUGACAGACAGCAGCAAAAGUUAGUGGAAGGAUCCAGCGGCAAAAAUGAUCCUGUCCAUACCUAUUAUUCUAGACAUUGUGACUUUAUUUCUGGCAAUGGAGAUGACCCAAUAGCUACAACCAAAUUGAAGACGAGACAUCAACUAGAUGGAAAUAUUUUGGAGGAUGAAGUUGGUUCCAGCCAAAAUCCUAAUGGCUGCAACUACCUGCCUCCAUCUGUAGAGCUUGGGCCAAAGCGCUUGAAAAUUCUUGGCCCAUCCUUUCCCAGCGGGAAUAGUGCAUUGGAAAAUUCUUAUAGAUUCCAGGACAGUGACUUGGCUAGUCAGUAUGACCAAUGAAGUAUAACUAGGCAAUCGGUGCUAACAGCCUAACAUCACGUAUGUUAACAAUAUCAUUUCUCAACUUCUGGAAGCUUACAACUCUUUUCCGCAGUAUGGAUGGUUCGGAAGCAAUUCUUUCCGCAGGCCUCCAAUAGAGGCACUGUCAUGGCUGGAUCCUUGAUUUAUUGCCAGGUCACCUUUGGGGACCUGAAAAGAGUAGGCAGAUAUUAUCUGAUGUUCCUAAGUUGUACAUCUUCACUUUCCUUUCUUCUAGGCUUUCCACUGUGAAGAGGUUAGUCCAUAACUUUUACAGUUUCUUUCAUUCUUUUUCGACAGACACACAUGUACCUAGAAGGCUUUAACAGAUGCAAAUAUGAAACUGAUACUGUACAUCUCCAGAGGAACUACCUGUCUUCACUCUAUGUAAUCUCGGGUCAUUAAGGUCACCAACUUUUUUGUCA